AUGGCAGAAGGCAGCGGCCAUCUUGGAGACCCCCAAACAGGAAGAGGUGCCCUCUGGGAGGCCCUCAGGGCGCUCCUGCCAUGCAGGAAAGACGACCUGCAGCUGGACCUCGGAGAGAAGGUGGAGAGGAGCGUGGUGCUGUGGCUUCAGCGAGCCACGGAGCUCUUCUACGAGGGCAGAGGGAGUGAGUGUCUGCAGGCGAGCGAGGUGAUCCUGGACUACUCGUGGGAGAAGCUCAACACUGGGCCAUGGCGGGAUGUGGACAAAGACUGGCGCCAGGUUUACGCCCUCGGCUGCCUUCUGAAAGCUGUGUGUCUGUGCGAGGUGCCAGGGGAUGCCGCCACUGUGACUGCGGCCCUGAGGGUCUGUGACAUGGGCUUGCUGAUGGGGGCGGCCAUCUUUGGGGACGUCCUUGUUAAAGUUGCCAGCAUCCUCCAGGCACACCUUCUCUCUGCAAAAAGGCCUGCCCAAGGCCCGACCUGGGAGCAGCCCAUCACAAAGAGGGCAAGGAGUGAUUGCAUCUCAAUUCCAGAUGUGAAGUUGGAAAGUGCCGUUCCCCGGCUUUACUGCCCAUCCCUGGAACAUUUCAGGAAACAAUUUUUGACUCCAGAGAGACCUGUGAUCUUGGAAGGUGUGGCCAACCACUGGCCAUGCAUGAAGAAGUGGAGCUUAGAAUAUAUCCAAGAAAUUGCUGGCUGCCGAACUGUCCCAGUGGAAGUGGGUUCCAGGUACACAGAUGAAGAGUGGUCCCAGACACUCAUGACCGUCAACGAGUUCAUCAGCAGGUACAUCGUGAAUGAGCCCAGGGGUAUCGGCUACCUUGCUCAGCACCAGCUCUUUGACCAGAUCCCAGAACUGAAGCGAGACAUCAGCAUCCCCGAUUACUGCUGCUUGGGUGACAGGGAGGAAGACGAGAUCACCAUUAACGCCUGGUUUGGUCCCCAGGGCACCGUCUCCCCACUGCAUCAGGAUCCCCAGCAAAACUUCCUCGUCCAGGUGAUUGGGAGGAAAUACAUCCAGCUGUAUUCACCAAAGGACUCAGAGGCUUUAUACCCUCAUGACUCACACCUUCUUCACAACACAAGCCAGGUUGAUGUGGAGAACCCGGACUUGGAGAAGUUCCCCAGGUUUGCUGAGGCCGCGUCCCUGUCCUGCAUCCUGUCUCCUGGAGAGAUCCUGUUCAUCCCGGUCAAGUACUGGCACUACGUGCGGGCUCUGGACUUGAGCUUCUCAGUCAGCUUCUGGUGGUCAUAG